CGUCCUGAUUUGACAUAGGCUUAGUAAGUAUUUACGUCGGUAUUACUCUUUUAUGGGAUUCGUGUUUAAUUUCGGUGUUAAACAACUAUUUCCACUUUACUUAUUGGAGUGCAUGUGCCAUUUGAGAAAAUGGAGUGCAGGGGAUUACCAUUGUAUGUGUCGAUGCUCUUUUUGAUAUUCCUUAUUUUCGUUGUGGGCACUAGCCAGGAAGAAAUUAGAUAUUCGAUACCGGAGGAGAUGAAACGUGGAUCUGUUAUCGGAAAUGUAGCUAAAGAUCUCGGACUGGAUGCUGGAACAUUUUCAUCUCGCAAGGCUCGUUUAGAUAUGGAUGGUAGUCGUCAACGUUACUGUGACAUUAAUCUGAAUACCGGAGAUAUAAUUGUUGCUAAAAUAAUAGACCGUGAGGAACUGUGUGGACCGAGGGUUUCCUGUACCUUAAAAUUCGAGCACGUGUUAGAAAAUCCUUUGGAACUGCAUCGAAUAACCGUGCAAAUUCAAGAUAUAAACGACAACUCACCUACAUUUUCUAAUGACCUCAUACAACUGGAAAUCAGGGAAUCAGCGGAUCGAGGAACACGCUAUCUUCUUAGUGAAGCCCAUGAUGCGGAUAUCGGACUGAAUGCAGUUCAAAAAUAUUCACUCGAAACAAACGACCAUUUUGUUUUAGGUGUUCAUACGAACCCAGAUGGAGGCAAAUACAGUGAGUUGGUAUUAGAAAAAGAGUUAGAUCGAGAACGAAAACAGGACGUGACAUUGUUACUUACAGCGGUUGAUGGUGGAACUCCACAGAGAUCUGGUACAGUAGUUAUACACGUCACUGUUCUAGAUGCUAACGAUAAUAGACCAGUGUUUAGUCAGAACGUAUAUAAGGUCAGUCUACCUGAAAAUUGUCCGUUAGGUACAAUAGUAAGUAAAGUGACCGCUGUUGAUGCAGACGAGGGACCCAAUGGCGAUGUAACCUAUGAAAUCAGUCGUAUUGGAAACAAAGCAGGGAAACUGUUUUCUAUUAAUGAGACAACCGGAGAAAUAAAAGUAAUUGGCCCCAUAGAUUUUGAAGAAGAAUCGUAUUAUGAAAUGAGUGUGCAAGCAAAAGAUGGGUUAGGGUUAGCUUCAAAUUGUAAAGUUAUUAUUGAAAUCACUGAUGUGAAUGAUAAUGCACCAAUGCUAUUUAUCAAAUCUCUGUCCAAUCCCAUCCCCGAGAACGUGUUACCUGGCACAGAGGUGGGCAUCAUUAACAUACAGGAUGAUGACUCUGAGAGGAAUAGACAGGUUUGUUGCUCCAUUCAACAAAAUGUUCCCUUUAAAUUACAUCCCUCAAUCAAAAACUAUUAUUCUCUGGUAACAACUAGUGAACUAGACCGAGAGAUAAUAUCAGAUUAUAACAUAACUAUCACUGCCACUGACGAGGGGUCUCCACCCUUAUCCUCCUCCAAGACCAUUCAUUUAUCUGUGUCAGACGUGAAUGACAACCCACCUGUGUUUGAAGAACAAUCCUACAGCGCCUAUGUGACUGAAAAUAACAAGCCAGGCUCCUCUAUGUGUUCAGUUACUGCCAGAGACCCAGACUGGAGACAGAACGGCACAGUGGUCUAUUCUCUAUUGCCCAGUGAGGUCAACGGUGUUCCGGUGUCAUCCUUUUUAUCCAUUAACGGAGACACAGGGGUUAUCCAUGCUGUGAGAGCAUUUGAUUAUGAGCAGUUUAGGAGCUUCAAAGUCCACGUUGUAGCCAGAGACAAUGGUUCUCCUCCACUCAGCAGUAAUGUGACUGUGAGUGUCUUCAUAACAGAUGAGAAUGAUAACUCUCCCCAGAUAUUAUAUCCUGCUCCAGCAGGAAACUCCUUGAUGACUGAGAUGGUCCCCAAAGCUGCUCUGGCAGGGUCCCUGGUUUCCAAGGUGAUAGCUGUGGAUGCUGACUCUGGACAGAACGCGUGGCUUUCAUAUCAGAUUGUAAAAUCGACUGAUCUGGGACUUUUCACUAUUGGUCUCCACAGUGGAGAGAUCAGGGCACAGCGGGACAUUACUGAAUCUGACAGUAUGAAGCAGAACCUUGUUAUAUCAGUGAAAGAUAACGGACAGCCCUCUCUCUCUACAACCUGUGAUGUAUAUUUACUCAUAUCAGACAACUUGGCUGAAGUUCCAGAACUGAAAGACAUUUCUCAUGAAGAUAGUUCCAAACUAACUUCCUAUUUGAUCAUUGCACUGGUUUCUGUCUCCACCUUUUUCCUGACUUUCAUUAUUCUCAUCCUGGCCGUGAAGUUCUGUCAUAUGACAAAGCCUAGAAUGUUGUUUGAUGGGGCAGUCGCCAUUCCCAGCGCGUAUUUCCCUCCCAACUAUGCAGAUGUGGAUGGAACUGGAACUCUGCGUAGUUCUUACAAUUAUGACGCUUACCUGACAACCGGUUCACGUACCAGCGACUUUAAGUUUGUCAGAUCUUACAAUGAUGGUACGAUGCCUUCUGAUCAUUCUUUGAAGAGGAACCCAGACCAGUUAUUAGAAGGAAGCAUCCUCACUCUCAACACUUCAGGAGAGUCUAAAGAGGUAAGACUGCAACAUAAACUCGUCGUUAGCGGUUAA